GAGUAGGUAACUGGCCGCUCCAUCGCCACAGAUGGUCAGUGCAAACACAAAGUGACAAUCAAAAGGCUGAGAGGAGAGGAGAUGAAGAGGUAGAAGACAAGAAGAGGAGAACCAUUCAGAAGGACCUGUGUCUGGUUUUGUGCUUUUCGUGGGCUGUUGUUAUAAGACUGUAUGGGCUAGCAGAGGGAUCUGGCCAUGCUUGUUUCAACAGGGAAGAAAAGCUGGGAGGACCAAGUGACCCCAAGCUCAGGACUUCAGUACAGUUAUGAUGACCUAGACUUGGUCUGCUGCCAUGCUGUUAAUGGGGACAAAGAGGCAUCUUUUGGGCGACAUGGUAGGGUCAGGUGUGCCUCACUGCCCGAGUGUGGUCAUCACCAGCCUUGGAUGCAAACCUGCAACAAGAAUGAUGUGGGAGAGGGCACAAGACGGAUAAAGACAAUAGUACAGAAUUUUAAGGAUGGAAAUCCCCAUUGCAGUGAAGGCGAAAAGGAUAGACUAUUGACACCUGAGAGAAAGACUGGAGAUGGACUAAAUGAGGCAGCAAGGCACAAGAUUGGCCAAGACAACAAGCUAGCUUCAGAUAGUGUGGCAGAUCAAGAUGAAUUGCAACAGUCCGCUUUGGGAAAUUUGCAAACUCACAAUGAAGAUCAUAAUAAUAAGGAACUCAACAAGGAUGAAGUGUCUGCUCCCCCAAAACUGUCACUUUUUGUGCUUCCUAACACAGUGUUGGCUAAAAUAGAGGAAACGGGUGAUUUAUCAAAUGUGUUGAAAACUAAGGACACUAUCUUUUUAAAUAACUCUAUAAAAGACUCUUCUGAACUAACUUUCAAAAGUGGAACUUUUGUAGAAUUACUUGAAAACAACAAAGCAAUGGUGAAAAUCACAGAGGGAAGUCAGAAGUUAUUAUGUGAACACAUGAGUGUCACAGGCCCGGUCACAGACAUAAAUACUCAACCUCCCACCUCUGAUUCACAACAGAAAACUGCUGACACACACAAUAUUGUGCAAGGGCAAUGUUGUGAAACUUCUGAACAGAAUACUUUAAAAGUUGUCAAAGUUGAAUGCUCAUACACAGAUGAAACAAUGGUCCAUAACUGUGCAACUGUGGGUUUAACAUCAACUCUUCAUAUAACUGAUGCUAAUGACAUCCCACAGGGUCUACAAAACAGUGGAAACCAAGAGGCUGAUGACCUUUUUGAGAGUUAUCAUCCUGAGAUGUUAAAAAUUGGAAGCCUUUGUCAACCCACUGGUGAAACUUCUCUAGUGGAAUCACAUGGAAAAUUUGACACCAUGGAAAAGUGGCAAAAUUGCUUCCCCUCAAAACUUCAAACCAUACAUGAGGGAUCCUCACCUGAGUUGGGAGAGGAUGCUUCUGCUCAGAUCACAGCAGAAAUGCGAGAACGUCCAACAUCUACAGAGUUAAGAAACCCUUGUGAUGGUGAGAAUUUGACAACCCAGUCUGAAAUCUCAUUUACUGAGGAUCACAGCUCAAGAAGAAAGGAACAUAGGUCCAAACCUGUAGAACAUCUGUCAAUCAAUGAAACACCUUUAACAAAUAAUGGAAUCAGGGCAGAGCCAGGCUCAACUAGAGGAGGAUCUCAACCUGAGGGACUCUACGAGGAACAUGAAACAAAUCAAACUACAAAUACAUCCAAAGACCCUGAAAUUUUCCCAAAAGCUGAGGGCUCCCUCGUCAAACUUCGUAGAAGGAAGAGCUCACAAGAGGAGAGAGAAAAGGAGAGGUCACGUUUGGACUCCAUGGUUCUGUUAAUAAUGAAGCUGGAUCAGUUAGACCAGGAGAUUGAAAAUGCUUUAAGCUCCAUCCCCUCCCUCAAUGGCACGCCCAACCUAAAAAGGCACAACAUUUCUGAUGUUGAUUUGGAAAUGCUUGAUUCAGCAGGAAGUCUCUCAGCCUCCUCCCAGUCCUUAAAUGCCCCUCUUUAUCACUCUUUGUCAUCACUGUCUUCAUCAGGACCCUCUGGAACCUCUGGAGCUAGACCAAAAAAUGAGACCUCUGCAGUACUUUCUGAGAAAGAGAUUGAGGCGAAGGAGGCGUGUUCAUGGCUGAGGGCUGCAGGAUUUCCACAGUACGCCCAGCUCUAUGAAGAUGGUCAGUUCCCAAUUGAGAUUUCCUCAGUUACCAGAGAUCAUGACUUCCUGGAUCAGGAUGCCAUUGAGGCAUUGUGCAGGAGACUGAAUACCCUUAACAAGUGUGCUCUUAUGAGAUUAGAGAUCACUCCUCAAAGAAAAAGAAGUGAGGACUCUGAUGAGGAUGAGCCAUGUGCUAUAAGUGGCCGUUGGACUUUCCAGCGGGACAGCAAGCGUUGGUCUCGCCUGGACCAACUGGACCUGGAUGUGUUCUCUCCCCCAGCUGGAGAGACUUGCUCCUUACCUCCCUUCCUUCCCCAAGAUGAGCAUUUUAGCAGAGGUCCCCUUCUAAAAGAGGGAGUUAAUGCUAGUGCUGAGAGUGUCUUAACAGAUCUGAGUGAGCAACCAGAGGUAGGCUCUCUUCACAGCACUGGUAGUGGAGGUCGAAGCAUAUCUCUGAGUAAUACUGUACCAUCCAGUCCUGUUACAACCAUCUCCAAUGCUAACACAGCCACCACAACCAGGGCAAGCUCAGUUGCUAGCAUUUGUUCCUCUGGAACAUCAGGCGCCAAUGAAGAUUCCAUGUCUGAUGGGCUUCCAUCACCACUGGAACGUGGUACCUUUGCGUUCGAUGUAAAACCCAGCUUGAUAAGUAGUGGUGCUGAAAAAAGCACACGUUCAAGAGCAAAGAGCUUCUUGAAGCGCAUGGAAAGCUUGCGGCUACGCACCAGCAGCAAUGCAGCUUCCAGUCGCAAGAAGAAAUGUGCAGCCGGACAAGGCAGAUUGGAGAUCAGCGGGCCAGUGCUGAAGGAGGGUCUUGAUGAAGACAAACUGCGGCGCCUCAACUGUGUGGACAUUGAAACUCUGGAUCGCAAUGCGAACCGAAACCGAAGCAUCUCCUAUUCAACACAGAUAAGCAGUGGGAGUGCAGGGAGUACCCAAUCAGAGGCCAGCAGUGGGAGUGCUGUAAGUACUCCCAGUCCAGUCUCAAGAGCACGUAGUCACAGCACGGCAGCUGGGUCCACCAAAAGAGGUGGGAUGUACCUGGAAGGCUUUGACCCAUUUAAUUUAGUUGUUCUGCAACCUUCGGAAGACCAGGAAGAGAAACAACAUCACCAGAAUCAGAGUAAGAGAAUGGAUCCCAGCACAACAGCUGAGAAUAACCGACACAACCAUCAGAGGUCAGAGACCAGGCGAGUGGAGGAUGAGGAGAGUAGGGAAGAGGAAAGAGGUGUGAUCUUCUUCUAUUUGCCUGAAGGCCACAAGCCUGGCACUUUUCCUAAAGCACUUGCAGAUGGGGGAUCCUACCGUAGUGGUGAUAACAUAAGUCACCGCCCACCUCGGAGGGGUUCUGCUGCCUCACUAGACAGUCGAUUGAGUAUCUAUGACAACGUACCUUUCUCGGAAAUGGGAGAUGAAGAGGAUGAGGCAGAAGGAGUGGAGGAGCCAAAACUGGAGGACGUGUUAGGGCGAGUCAGUGGCCUGCAGCGACUGGUCAAUGCAUGGUCAGAGACAGGAACUGGGGAAGAGGAAGAAGAUGAAGAGGAAGGGGAUUCAGAUUCAGCCCUUGAUUCUGCAUCUCCCUGUCCAUUAUCCCCACAGCAGAAUUGCUUAGAAGAGACAGAGAACGGCAGCGAUCAGGACAGCACUGGAAACCCGCUAACAGAAAGGGAUGAGACACUCAGUGGACGCGAGAGAUGCGACUCUGGUGUGGGAGCAUCACUUACACGAGCUAACAGAUCUCAAAAGCUGCACUGGCCAAGUUUCCAGAGCUCCCAUGGGCCAAAUCUAUCGUCAGCAGUGCUGCAAGUUGGAUGUCAGUCAGUUCUGCAGAUGAACCUCCUCCAGAAGUACAGCCUGCUUAAACUUACUGCUCUACUGGAGAGAUACACACCCACAAACAAACACGGCUUCAGCUGGGCCGUUCCCAAGUUCAUGAAGCGGAUAAAGGUUCGAGACUAUAAGGACAGGAGCGUGUUUGGAGUUCCACUGCAGGUCAUAGUUCAGAGGAGCGGGCAGCCUCUGCCUCAGAGUAUACAACAAGCCAUGUAUUACCUGCAGAGCCAAUGCCUCGACCAGGUGGGGCUCUUCAGGAAAUCUGGAGUGAAAUCGCGAAUCCAAGCACUUCGACAAAUGAAUGAAACAUGUGGCGCAGGUAGGGGCGGAGUCAGCUACGAGGGCCAAUCAGCUUAUGAUGUGGCUGACAUGCUUAAGCAGUACUUCCGUGAUCUUCCAGAGCCUCUGCUUACCAGCAAACUGUCUGAUACCUUUCUGCAGAUAUAUCAAUAUGUUCCCAAAGAGCAGCGUCUGCAGGCGGUGAGGGCCGCCGUUUUGCUGUUACCCGACGAGAACCGUGAGGCAUUGCAGACUCUGCUGUGCUUCCUGAGCGAUGUGACGGCCAGUGUGGAUGAGAACCAGAUGACCUGUACCAACCUGGCCGUGUGUCUAGCCCCAUCUCUCUUCCACCUCAACACACUGCGGAGAGAGAGCUCCUCUCCCAGGGUUAUGAACAGAAAGAACACCCUAGGAAAACCGGACCAAAGGGACUUAAACGAGAACCUGGCGGCCACACAUGGCUUGGCGCACAUGAUACAGGAGUGCCAAAAGCUCUUCCUGAUUCCAGAGGAGAUGUCACGCUGUAGGAACUCUUACGUGGAGCAGGGACUGAGUCCCAUGCGGAUGGAGGUCCUGACGGAAGACUGCGGCUCCCGAAGCUACAAGAAUCUGCUCAAAGACUGUCUGGAUGCCCUGCUGAAGGAAGCCAAGGACAAGUUCAAGGGUUAUGACAGCUGCUCGACUCCUGAAAAUGCUGAACUUGCUUGUAAGAAGUUUCAGGACGGAUCAUCUCUACGGCAGUGGAAAGUGUGCGUCGAGGUGCCUGCAUCGGCAGAGGAUGUCUUGCAACAGAUCCUACGAGAGCAGGAACGCUGGGAUGAGGACCUGUUAGAGUGGAGGGUCGUGGAGACACUGGAGCAUAACGUGGAAGUAUAUCAGUACAUCAGGAAAUCAAUGGCACCCCAUCCACCCCGAGACCAUGUAGUGCUCAGGUCGUGGGUAACGGACUUGCCUAAGGGAGUGAGUGCUUUGGUGUGCAUGUCAGUGGAUCAUGAGCGUGCAGCGAUGUUGGGCGUACGUGCUAAUGUUCUGACCUCUCACUAUUACGUUGAACCUUGUGGACCCAACAAGAGCCGACUUACGCACAUCUCAAGAAUAGACUGCAGGGGUCGUUGCCCUGAAUGGUACAAUAAGCUUUAUGGCCACCUGUGUGCUUCUGAGGUGGUGCGGAUACGAGACUCCUUUACCUGCCUGGACAAAUAAAUACACACACAAACACACACACACACACAUGCACCUGGAGUGUGCUUUGAGAGUUAAUUUUUCCUCUCAACAAACUCUUACGCUGAAGAGGAAGAUGAUAAAUAUUUCAAACUCCCUGAACAACAAACGGUCUGAGCCCGUUAAAUGAUAUGGAAAGAACGUGACUGUACCGAAACCUACAAAGGUCAGAGGUCUUGCCAUUUUGAUUGCCAUGGCGAUACAUCAAAUGACAAGUCUGUAAGACUAGAAAUGGGAGUGCCUGCUGCUUUGACAUCAUCACUGACGUCACAAUGUUUGACCUCAUACUGAUUAUGUCAUAGUGUGACAACAUGAAACGGGAGGUGCUAUUGCUUCUGAGAAGCUUGUAUGGAUGUGUAUUGUGAAUGACUGUGAAAGUGAUCGUGUGUGUGUGUGAUAUUGUAAGUUACAUGGAGUAUAUAUGGUACAUUCAUGUAUGUACAGUAUGUAUGUGUGAUAUAUGCAUGAAUUUAUUGACAAAUGAGACAUAUUCCAUGCACUGGCACCCUGCUGCAAUAUAGUGUUACCUAUUUCUGUGUGUGUGUUUGUGUCACUGUUACACAGUUAUAUAAGUGUCUGCAAAGCUGUGUACAGUGCUUUUGUAAUGUUUGUUUAUGUCUGAGUGAGUGGAUAGAUGGAUGGAUGGAUGGAUGGAUGGAUGGAUGCAGAGGACAGAUGGUGGUGGCUGGAACACCUAAGAAAAGAACGGCAGGAAGUGUUUGAUAGAGGAAAAGUCUAGUGCAUGUAGAUAAUGUUAAACAGAGGGUUCCAAUGGCACCUAAACCAAAGCCAAGACAAAUACAGCAAUGGACCAAUUCCUCAAUGUGUUGAGUAGAAUAAAGCAAAGUCAGAACAUAAAUUCGGUUUCCUCCCAGAGGUCUGUGAUUGGACAACAUGUUGAUUAAAAUUCUUUAGUACUCAAGGACUAAUCAAAGAUCUCGACCGUUUUUAUAUCACAGUCUGUGAAAAAGAGUGAGUUAUGAAAAACUCAAAAGGACAGGAAAAUAAUUCAGAAGCAUUUUGUUUAGGUUGGAUGUUAAAUGUUUGACUUUAGGAAAUCAGAGUGAACGAAGGCUACCAAGGGCAGCAAUUUUGUCCGAUCAGAAGAUGGUAGAGAAUGUAUGACAAAUAAGUUUAUGUUUGUAUGUCAGUGUUAACCAGAAAUGAAGUAAAAGUCUGAAAUAGUAACAAAGUUUGCAUUUACACUUAAAACUUCACCCAGAGCUAUGGUCACAAAGCAGGACAGAGCAGAAGUGCUGUGAUCAGCAGAUUUCCGUCUAUAAUGUCCUAUUUUACACUGAUCUCGUUCACUAGAAACACACAAUUUUAGUCGAACUGUCUGAUCGAGAAUCAAUUUUGGAGAGGCUGGUGGUUCCCAUGAGCCCAGCACUCCUGUUGUGACCUGCUGUUUGACUAUCAGCCCUGGGUUUGAUGUUUAUACUAGAUUUACUACUACUUACCGUGCCUGUACAUGACGGUGUAUCAUAAAAGUGUGUAAAUUAAGUGUAUGCUGCCAAACUGAGAAUAACGCAUGACAAUGACAGUUAAUUUAAACUUCUCUGUAUUUAUAUCACUCAUAUCUUGUUUUUGUAUGUAUCUUAUUUUAUUGUAAAUGUUACACUCUUAAGUUACAGAAAUGAGAAAGUUCUUUAUCUUUUUUAUUAUUAAUGUUAUUUCUGUACAGAUUAAUCAUGGUCAAAAUGCACUAUUAAAUGUAUUAAAACUAAAAAUAUGAAUA